GUGACCGUCGACACGCGUGCGUUGGUCGAUAAAGUUCUUGCCCGCUAUUCCGGCGAGUUUGCUGUGUUCCGCGAACUGCUUCAGAACUCAGACGAUGCUGGAUGUGACACCGCCGAAAUUCACUUCGAGACCGCUGCAUUCUUAGGUCUGGACCCCGAAGCGGCGAUGAACGCUGGUCCGCCUAUAUGGUCCGACCUAAAGACAACCAAUGUUGCGCAAUGGACAUUCAAAAAUCACGGUAAACCUUUCUCACUUCAAGAUUGGGGCCGACUACCGAAGAUUGCCUUGGGAAAUCCGGACCCACGGAAGGUCGGCGCCUUUGGUGUUGGUUUCUACAGCUUGUUUUCUGUUACGGAAAGUCCAUACGUGUCAUCUGGGGGCAAGGAGAUGGAGUUUUCCUGGAACGACGAAAAUCAGCUGUACUACCGUUUUGGCGACCUCCCCCAAACAGCACCCAGAGAUCUAUGGACAACCUUCAGGAUGCCACUACGAGGGGCUGCCUCGAUGCCACCAGUUUCGGAACUUAUGCAAUUUCUUGCAUCAUCCAUCACUUUCAUGGUUCAUCUGAAGGAUGUGACCGUCUUUUUUGAUCAUCACCAUGUGGGGAAAAUUAGCAAAUCCCUAGGACAGUCUCAACCUAUUCCUAUUCCUACGGAACUAAAACGGUUGACCCCUGAGAAGAACAUGAUCGUGAAAUCAGUUCAGCAGCAUGGCAAGUCUUUCUGCGUUUCUGUUAUGCCCAUCACCCUCAAAGCUAGAAUCACGCUCCUACAAUAUGAUUCCCUUCGAAUGCACGAAACAAAAGUGGACCUCACUGCAUUCACAGCAGAAGUGGACGUCACUCUCGAUGAGAAGUUGUCCAAGGAAUUGAACCGAUGUAUGAAAAAGGAUCCGCCUUCUUGCCUCCAGUACAGUUUGAUCUAUACCGAGAAAGAUGAAUAUGAUCAGAGCUGCAUCAACGAACAGAAGCACCUCUGUGAGUUCCCGUCGGUUUUCCGAGGACUUCGCGCCGACCUGGAUGGUGCUACGCACACACGGAUCUUCAUUGGUAAUGCCACCGCACAAACGACAGGCAUUGGAGGUCACAUGGCAUCCCACUUCAUCCCCACUGUAGAGCGUGAAUCCAUAGAUUUGGUGGCACUAACCUACCCUCAUCAUGCAGUCUGGAAUAGGGAGUUGCUCUAUAUCGGAGGUUUCUUAUGUCGGGCAGUGUACGAAUUAGAGCUCUCCAAGAUUCAAACCUCGUGGGAGGAAGCAGCUGCUGGUAGACCAUGUUUACGCCCAUCCCUGGAGUUACUAGAUCAGUCCUUCCUCCACCUUCUCAAAUUCUUCACGUUUCAUCAUUCCACGCCCUCGUCGAAAGUCGCACAAUUGUUAGCAGACUCAUUCUAUGGAUGUUCCACCCUUCCUCUAAGGCUUCUCUCAUCCGUUGGCGUACGCGCAUCUCCUGACGUCAGAGCAUUUGACCCGGUGUUUGCCAAAUUUCUCAAGUCCUUACCGAUGCUCUCAGAAGAUGUCACACGGGACUGUGCGCGCUUUAUUGCAGCACUUCAGGACCAGCACAAGAUCCCCGCGAUAACGCUAUCAGACGUUUCACAGGAUUUACGUCGCCAUACUUUGGACGUCGAGGAGCUGGUAGCAUGUCUUCGUUGGUGGAUAACCUUGUCGGGAGCCGGUUUGACCUCAAAUAUGGCUGACUUGCUGGACGUGAUCACUCUCAGCGGCACACGUGGAGCGAUACACUUAUCGUCGAUAACCUCCUUCAUCCAUCCAAUAGUUCUUGGACCCCACAUCCCGCAUGACGGACCCCUUCCUGUAUUUGUCAUCCCACCUCGCAUUAGCAAGCAUUUCCGUUUCGAGGAGCUCGCUGGCUUCGGUUGGAAAGAGUUCAUCGUUACUUCAUGGUUACGACACAUAUCGUGUCCCGAUGUCAUGUCAGCCGAUAUGAAAUACGACUUCACCCGGUCAUUCGAGUGGGCUACCCGCGUCCUCAGCACCCUUUGCCGCAUAUGGCCGCAACUUUCUACAGAUAUGCAAAUUGAAUCAAGGAAAGUGAUCAGGGGCAAGCCAUGCAUCCCUACAUGCGAAGGCUUGCGUUGCCCAGAAUACACGUAUCUUCCUACCGCAGAUAAUGCUCUGUUCCACCAUUGUAACCCGCCGAUAGUCACGGGAUUUGAAGUUAACGAGCGUAUGGAAAGCUUCCUUCUGUUCAUUGGAGUUCGGAAGGAUCCCAUGGUCCGAUUUCUUUUGAAUCGAUUGCUGUCAACGGGAGAUUGGACUGUGUUCCAAUUGGUCGACUAUCUCGCCCAUAAGGCGCCUGAGUUGGCUUCCGAGGACCUCUCCGCUCUGAAAUCGUCUGAGAUCUUUACGAAAGAAAGUUUCCAGAGUAACGAAGAGGAGAAUACCUGUCACCGUGCUGGUGAGCUCUACCCACCUGUGGAUAUCUUCCGGAGACUCCGACUACCGGUCAUUGAAUGGCGCGGGGUGUCGGAAUGGAGGGACAGCUCACCCCAAGCCCAACUGUUGUACCGCCUUGGUUUGAAUCGCUUCCCACCUCUGCCCAAGAUCGUGGAACUCUGCUCGUCGGGGGAUGUUGGAGUGCAAAAGGCUGCGUUCGAGCAUCUGUGCAGUGAACUUUACUCGCAGUACCGAGAUUACAAACCGGAGGACUUCCGUGACGUGGAAUUCAUUCCUGCAGAGAGCAAGGGUCGCACUUGCUUGAGGAAGUUGAAUGACGUGUAUUCAGGUACCCAGUGGAAGGCACUAGGCUUUUCUGUGGUACAGGACCGAUACCUGUGGGCGCCCUUGCAUCAACUAGGUGUAACGCAACAUCCCCCAACGUCAAAACUUCUGGACCUACUGGAGAAGACCCCCCCGCUCGAUGAUGAAACUGCUGUCCACUGGUUUGAAGUUCUAUUUGACCACAUGGCGAGUUUCACACCUCCCGAUUUCAUCAAACUGUCCGGGUUGCCGAUCAUUCCAACGGGUCCGCCGAGUGCUCCAAAACUGCUUCAUCCAACUAAGUGUUACCUCGACCAAGAUACCAAACCAGUACUUUAUGCGAAACUGUUCGUCUUUGUGAAUUUCAGCACCAAAGCGAACCGUUUCCUCAGUGCUUGUGGUUUGAAAGCCGAAGUUUCAGUAGAAGACGUUGCAAAAGUGCUAAUUAAAGACCCUAAGAGGUUUUUCGACCUUGGGGGAGGUUAUGAAGGUUUCGUGGUCGAGUUGCGAAAGUUCGCCCAUCAGAGUCAGGAUAUUUCCAACAACACUCUGCAUCAGAUGAGCCACAAACCUGCUUUGCUUGGUGUGCGUCGGCAGAAAAGAGAGGGCCAGGCAGUAUGGGAUUACGAGCAUAAGUUCCUGACGUAUCAGGGAGUGACUAUUGUCGAUGACAUCAUCGACUACCAACUGUUUAGUGACUGUCUCUUCGUCGCUCCACAAGAAGAGGCACUCGAACGCUUCUAUGCAUCGCUCGGGUGCGGUUACCUGAGCGAGAUCGUUCAAGAGAGAUGUAACGAUCUCCAUGAAAUACCAGCUACCAAGACCUGCCUCCAAGUUCAAUCAUUGAUCCUUGAGCGACUACCCUUAUUCAUUCAAAAUUAUACUGAUACAAAGCCCACAAUCACAAUCCCUUCUAGCCCGGAUCAUCUCAAAGUGAAGGCGUGUAAAAGGAUCCGUGUUUCCAAGACUCUUGUCAACGGGAACGUAACGCGAACAAGAAAUGCAUGGGCAAUCGCGAGGCGCGAAGGCGACUGCAUAGAGCUAUGGAUUUCCACAACGGCAAAGCGCGACAUGUAUGAAAUUGCUACAUCUCUCUGUCGACUGUUGUUUGGAACAAACAAGAUGAAUGCCACGGUACUCCUUGAGACGAUCUUUUCCUCGGACUUGGCGUUUUUGGAACGAAGAGGUUUUCUUGUUGAUCAAAUUUCCGGGAAACAGAGAGAUGAGUACGGGGUGGGCAACAAGGCGACGACAAAGCGCUCUUCAGUCUCCGCCUGGAUCACGAAUUCCCCGCAACAAUCUACGCAGGAUACUCGAAUUGAUCCACAGUUGGACCGUGAAAGGGUACCUGGAAGUUCUGAAGCCACCCCGCAGUUCCCAUGCCUCCCUCAGGCCGCUGACAGCAUCUUGUUGAAGAUUCGCCGGCUCUAUUGGGCAUUCCAUAUCUAUCCCACUCUCUCGGUAGGCUCGACCGCCAAGUGUCGUCACAUGUCUAACCACGUAUCUAGGACUUCACGUGAGGUGAUCCCGCAGAGUUACAUCUGGAACAAUGUAGAGAAAGCCAUUGAGGCGUGUAGGUUGGGAGGGGAAACAGCAGCCAUUCACGCGGGAGUGAGCCAGUUCCUGAGCAACGGCUUCUGCAAGGUGUCUGCAGACGUCGGAAAUCUGCAUCCCAUUGGUGAGUUUGGCGUGGGUCGUCUCCGACUGUCGUUCACGGGAGAACUAGGACAAGUGAAAAAUAUCCAAGUCUAUGUGGUUAAAGGCAUGCCCGACGCCAGCACAUUUAUAGAACGCGCGCACGGCCCGCUUUCUCGCUUCGUAGGCAUCAUCAUCACUCUCGCCGACGUAUAUCGUAUCCCAACAACAACAUUGCGUAUUUUCUAUGACGUUUCGGGAGGGUGCAUUGCGUUCAAUUGUCGAGGAACCAUCUACCUCAAUCUGCGAUAUUUUGAGGUUUGGCAUGAUGAGCAAGUCAGAAGCGGAAACCGACAGAAGGCUCAAAUGUCGUGGUUCCUCGCUCUUGCUCACGAGAUCGCACAUAACUUGACCGAUCUACACAACUCCAACCACGAAUUUUGGUUUUCGGCAAUCUGUGAAAAUCACCUCGUUGCGUUUUCACAGCUCUUGCGACCUAUUAACAUUUGGCCCUUUUGUGUGCAGUGGCUGGGGCUCAUGAUUAUUGUUAUUUUGUUCCCAUGCCUUGCCAGAUGUAUUGUUCCAGUGACCAACAUACAUUUGAAUUGCUCGUAAUGUAAGUUGUCCAGAUGUAUAAAUCUCAUUCAUUAUUCUUUCUGCAGGUCCCACUGUGGGUGGCAUGAAAUCCGUGGAUUUUGUAUAAUGUAUAAUGUAUAAAGUAUUGAUGCCUUCUGGGUGCUACUGGAUGUAUGUGCUACAAGCAUAUGAUUACUUGUCAUCAGUUCAGACUGUUACUUCUAGCAAGGAGUGUUAGCUGAAAAGGGUACCUCUGUAUCACUGUUGAAUUGUGUUUGGUGUCCAAAAAUAUAUUAUAGUGAUGGACAAGUAGCAG